CCUGUUCAGGGACGGAAUCGGACUCGGAAUCCUCGGAUAUGUGCUUCUAUCGGAUAGUGGUCAUCUGUCUUCUGGGCUUCCUAGUGCCCUCCAUAGCGGCAUUCAAGGUCUGCGGACCGGAAAAGCAUUGCGUUCCCUACGAGCAGUGCAACGAGGGCUUGAUGGUGGACGGAAAAUUCUAUCCGGAUCGCAGUAGAACGACUUUGGAUGAGAAUUGUCACUAUAUGGAAAAGUGCUGCAAUAUCCCCGAUACACUCCCGAACACGGAACUUCCUGGCGAGAUGAUGAGCUGCCCGUGUGGAGGACGCCAUGAUCUGUGGUACUACCUUCGACCGCUGGGAUAUAAACAGCAGGAGGCCAAGUUCGGGGAGUUUCCCUGGUUGGUGGCGGUCUACGGGGCGGAUGCUUAUCUCUGCAGCGGAGCACUUAUCACUCCGCUGGCGGUGAUCACCACGGCGCACUGCGUUCAGAAUUCGGACUUGGCGAAGGUUCGUCUGUUGGCCGGUGAAUGGGAUGCCGCCGUGGAGCUGGAACCCCAGCCGCACCAGCAAAGAUCGGUGGUUGAGACAUUGGUGCAUCCCAAUUACACUCAAAUGCCACUGGCCCACAACAUAGCCAUACUUCUGGUGGACAAGGAGAAACCAUUCCAGCUGGCACCUAAUGUUCAGCCCAUCUGCCUGCCGCCUCCGCGAAUGAUGUACAAUUACAGCCAGUGCUAUGUGUCCGGUUGGAGGAGGAGCGAUUUUGGUGGAGCUGCGAUCCUGCCCAAGCGUUGGACUCUCUACGUCCUACCACCCGAUCAAUGCAGGACCAAGUUGCGAUUGUCCCUCUUGGGGCGACGCCACGCCCACAACGACAGCCUUCUGUGUGCCGGUGGCGACAAGGGUGACUUCGUCUGUGGUGAUCUGGACAUGACCGCUGUGCCGCUGAUGUGUCCGCUUUCCGGCCACGAUGAUCGGUUCCACCUGGCCGGUCUUUUGACCCGGACAGCUCGCUGCGAUGGCCCGCAACUUCUUGGAAUUUACACGAACGUCAAGUUGUACCGGCAGUGGAUCGAUCUGAAGCUAAGGGAACGCAAUCUUGAUAUACGACACUACAUGGUGUGAAACCAUUAUUGAGAAACUAAUAAA